AUGUCUUCGUCUGGAACCGCGGCCUCAUGGGUGGGUUGGUUCUGCAGCAAUCGCGGAAAUGAGUUCUUCUGUGAGGUUGAUGAAGAUUACAUUGGAGACAAUUUUAACCUUACUGGUCUGAGCGACUAUGUACCCAAAUUUCGUGAAGCACUCGACAAGAUACUCGAUCUAGAGCCUGACGAUUCCGGUGAUGAUAGCGAUGGUGACGCGUCAGAAGUUGAAAGGCUGGCCGAAAGGCUUUACGGUUUGAUCCAUGCCAGUGACAUCUAUUAUCCGAAGCAUGCUCGUCAUCAAUCGAUUGAUGGCGCCUAUUUUGGAACAUCUUUCCCGGAAAUGUUUCUCAUGAUGUAUCCCGAGUAUCGUCGACCAAAGCCACAACAGUUUGAGCCGAGGUUAGCCUUUUAUAAAUGUGAAAAAGUCAGAAUGCAGCUCUGGUGCUCUUCGUGA